AGGCCGCCAUGAUGGAUCCGAGAAAUCGAGAUCCGAAAAAGAAAACACGCUUAAAUUCGUCUUAGAUGACAAUUUCCCCCAAUAAUAACCAUAAAAUGUUUUAGAACAAUAUUCGAAGUGUAAACUACGGACAUUAUUUGGUCCUGCAUGUUUUGUGCAGUGUCGUAGAUUUCGAGUUUUGAGUGCCGCUUUCGGUGAAAGGAAUCAUCAAAGAUGAGUAAGUUGUCGUUCAGAGCUCGCCAGCUCGAUGCCAACAAGGCUCUUCCAGUCUAUCAGUCUGAGGAAUUGCCGGACUUAUCGGAAUUCAGCACAAUUAACCGGGCAGUUCCUCAGAUGCCGACUGGAAUGGAGAAGGAAGAGGAAUCGGAACAUCAUCUACAGAGAGCCAUAUCAGCACAGCAAGUAUACGGAGACACUCAACAGCUUGUUAUUCCUACUCCUGAUAGUGAAGAAUUGAAAAAUAUUCCAUGUCUAGUUCGGAAUAACUUCAAACAACCCAAACAGUACAUUCAUGUACAAGCAUAUGGAUUGAAUGAGGAUGUUCCUGAGUAUGACUUGGACAGCGAAGAUGAAGAAUGGCUAAAGGGAUUCAACAAGAAAAAAGAGAUUCUUUCAGCAUUGCAGUUGGAAUCAAUACUUGAUAGACUGGAAAAAGGAAUGGGAGCUCAAGGCUGUAUGUCAUAUGGUGAUGCUAAAGCCCUACUCCAAGAAAAUGAAGAUCUAGUCAAACCGGUUUAUGAAUACUGGAGUAAGAAGCGGGAAAAGCUAGAUGACCCUUCUGUUUCUCUUAUUCCUCAAGUGAGAGGAGAAAAACGGGAUGGAACAUCGACAAAUGAUCCGUAUGUGGCCUUUAGACGAAGAACAGAAAAAAUGCAGACAAGAAAGAAUCGCAAGAAUGAUGAAGCUGGUUAUGAGAGAAUGCUCAAGCUUCGACGAGAUCUCAAGCGUGCCUGUACUAUACUGGACAUGGUGAAGAGAAGAGAACAAACCAAAAAGGAUCUGCUAGAAUUGACUGUUGAUGUUUUUGAGAAAAGGUACAGUUCUGAAGACUUCACUGGUCAAAUCCUACAACAGUGCCUAGACUUAAUCCGAUAUCAACCACCAGCAAUCAAUCUUACUGUACCAUCUACUGUGCAAGGUGAACAGCUCACUCCUGGGUCUAAUACUGAUGCACAUAGAGAUAUAGAACUGAUGAGGAAACGAAAACAUGAGGAAAGAGCACAUUUACACAAGAAUGAUUACAUUGAAGCAGGACAUAAACGACCCAAGGGCUUUCAUCAUCAUGCCAAAAUUGGAAACCAAGUGCCAAUGGAAGGAGUACAUAUGUUUAGUGAUGAGGAAGAGACUGGACAAUUAUCACCUACACAGCUGGAAUUGCCAUCAGAACCUGAAGAAGAUGAAGAAGAUCCUGAUGGUCGCUAUGCUUUUAAACGAAAGAAGGGUGUCAAGUAUCUCCCAGCUCGGCUCGACUCUCCUUCCCCAUAUCCGUGGGUAGACCCCGCGGAGGGUGGUCUAGGAGACAAGAGAUUCCGGUACAACUGUACGUCAAUAUCCAGACCCAAUGGGCUAAUAGGAUUUGCCAGACGGAGAAUAGGACGGGGAGGAAGAAUAUAUUUUGAUCGAGCUUGGACGCCAGCAUCAGAAAACCUCGAAGAUUUUGAAACAUUAUUAAAUGCAUCUAUGUCAUCGUCUCUGAGUCUACCUAAUGGGUUCUUUCCGUAUGACCAUCUGACGGGCUGGAAACGGCUGACAAUACCUCACUAUCGACCAAAAUCUCCAACCAAAACCACGUCGAGUCCGUCACCUCCGCCUCAGCCUUCAUCAUCACCGUCCAGUGAAACAACACCGGGAAUUCAAAGCACUUCGACUGGUCAGCCAAGACCUCGACUACAUCGGAGCUUUUCAACGCAACCACGAUCCAAAUUCUCAUUGAAUACCUCUCCGACAAAUGGACUUAUAGGAACAAAUUUAUCUCAUUCCAAUCUUACAUCACACGGAAAUGGAAUUACUCGCAAUUCACUACCCAAUGGACCUGUUGUUUCUCAAAGUAGUUGGCCUGCAAUCGGCCCAUGGACUAGUAGCAGUACUUUAAGUUCUACUCCCAAUAAAAAUGUCUACUCGACUGCCCCUAUUAAGGCGGUUUAUGCAUUGAACUUUCCUCUCAACUCGAGCACGUCGAGCCAGCUAUUGUCCAAUAGUCUUGUUCGUGGCAAUGCACCGUUUUCACCGACAUCAACGAAUUCACCAUCGUCAUCGACUGCAAAUAAAUCUUCCAGUUUGACAAAUUUAUCGAAUGCUAACAGCGAAUUAGAAAUUAGCAUCGGAAGAUCAGAAGUACCAUUCAAAAGACAGAGCAGUAUCGAUGUCGUCAAUGCUACGUGACUGAUACAAAUCAAUCCAUUUUUAAAGUUUACAAAUUCACUUCAAUACGUACAGAAUGGUUUGGCCUACAGGACCAUGAGUACUGCUAAGAACAUGGAACACACGUACUUAUAUCAAAUCUGUAUUUAUUCGAAAUUUUGUUAUCAAGAAAAUGCAAGAAAACGCAAUAUAGUUUUAAGAAGAGAAUUUGAAAACGUAGGAACACACAGUGCUUAGUUUAAUACCUAGAACAGACUGUCAGGGUGUUACUUUCAAAUGGCUUUCCUUUGUUCGCAUCUGGAGAUUUGGUUGGAUCUCAGAAAAGCCAUUUCAAAGCCAAUUCCUGCGUUUCAUCAAGGUAUAGUAGUUCUACAAUGCACAAAUUGUUCAUAGAGCGUUGCCGGCAAUUGAUUUAUUUACUCGAAGCCCUGGACUAUUUGUAGAAAUUAUUUUUAAUCCUCAUUUAUUAUUUUUCUUCUUCGUUUCUAAAAUUAACUUUGCUAACUCUUUGAAUAAUAUCAAUGCUUGGUAUUCAAGAUCGCAUUAAAAUGAAAAAAGUAGAAAAUAUUCAUAUCCAUACGUAUUAAUCCUUGAGCAGUGCUCAUCGUCCUUGCCAUGUCUACAAAUUUAUCGUCCGAAAAUUAUGGAAUUGCGCAUGCGUACCACUUUGCUGUCAUCUACAAAAUUCUUUGGACUGGAAGAAUAGUUGCUAAAAGGUUGUGACGUCAAAGCAGCUCCAUCUUGGGGACAAAAUCAAAGAAUUCCAAAUCUGAGAAUUAGAACCUAUUGUUUUGUCUUCCAGAUUGAGCUGCAUUACAAAGUGCUGCAAUGGGUCUAUAGAGCUGGAUAGAAAAAAGAAGUCCAAUAGAUUGUGUCUACUGGGUAAUGAAAUGAAGUUAUUGGUCCAUGAUCUUAUAUUUUGUCGCGCUAGUCCAGAUUCUUUUGUCCAAAGAUUUACCUCUGGGUAAUCCAUUGCCAAUCUCUGUAGUCUGAUAAAUGUAAAAUGGCGGUGUUUUAUUUCAUGCCAUUCACUCUUUCAAUUUUCAGUAGCCUUACAUUCAGAUUGAGCCUCGUAGGCUGUUUUUCCUGCUUUUCCUAACAGUAAUAUGACCGCACUCACUGCCGCAAAUCCACCAUUAUAUCAAAUGCCUCAUUUCCAUUUUGUAUUAUAAAGCAUUUUUUUGUGCAUCCUCACUGUAUGUGAAUUUGUUUUGUACAUUUUUUAAAAGGAUUUCGUGCAUUGUCAGUCUGUCUCGUAUUUUGAACUAUAAGAUCAAAGCACCACGUGGGGGUUGCGAUAAUACAGAUUUUAGCUCAUUUGGUUAGCUUAGAAUUUAAUACCAUUAGCUCUUCAUUGCCCCCAUUUAGUUCAUUUGCCACUGCCUCGCCUUCAAGUGCAUAUAUGUAAAUUUCGUACAAAACACCAAGAAAAAUAUUAAAUACAAACAAAAAUAGUCGAAAAUGGCUGGAUUUAAGGUCUAGUUUUUAUCUUUAUUUAUUUACAGUUUGUGCCAGGAAGAAAAGACCGAACUGUACUAAAAUAAUCGCAAUGUAUGUCUGGUCUUGUAUAGUGCAAAGUGAAUGAAUGAAUGAAUAAAUAAAUGAGCGCAACUUUCAAGGCUCGCAAUAAUAUACUAAUAGGCCAAAUAUAUUUUAUAACGGUUCACAUCAAGAUAACAAAAUACGAUUCAACAAUGGACCGAUUUUUGCCUUUAUACUACGAUAACGUAUUUGUGUUUAAUAAACCACUUCCUUCAACGAAAAGUAA